GACAACAGACAGAAGAAGCUGCCAAUGAGCUUUGCCGAAUAGCAGAGAGGGGCAGAGCUAGCCCUUAAAGGAGCCGCGACUCGUUAGCAGACCAGAUGGUGACCCGGAUGAUGGCGGCCGGCGCGGCCCUAGCCUUGGCCCUGUGGCUAUUAUUGCUGCCAGUGGAGGUGCGAGGGGCGGGACCCCCGCCGAUCCAGGACGGCGAGUUCACGUUUCUGUUGCCCGCAGGAAGGAAGCAGUGUUUCUACCAGUCCGCGCCGGCUAACGCAAGCCUGGAGACCGAGUACCAGGUGAUCGGAGGCGCUGGGCUGGACGUGGACUUCACGCUGGAGAGCCCUCAGGGUGUGCUGUUGGUCAGCGAGUCCCGCAAGGCUGAUGGGGUGCACACGGUGGAGCCCACGGAGGCUGGGGACUACAGGCUCUGCUUUGACAACUCCUUCAGCACAAUCUCAGAGAAGCUGAUAUUCUUCGAACUCAUCUUUGACAGCUUGCAAGACGAUGAAGAGGUCGAGGGCUGGGCAGAGGCCGUGGAGCCCGAGGAGAUGCUGGAUGUCAAAAUGGAGGACAUCAAGGAGUCCAUCGAGACCAUGAGGACCCGGCUGGAGCGCAGCAUCCAGAUGCUGACCCUGCUGCGGGCCUUCGAGGCACGGGACCGCAACUUGCAGGAGGGUAACCUGGAACGGGUCAACUUCUGGUCAGCUGUGAACAUGGCCGUGCUGCUGUUGGUGGCUGUGCUGCAGGUGUGCACACUCAAGCGCUUCUUCCAGGACAAGCGCCCUGUGCCCACGUAGCCCCUGCCCACACAGAACAGGGGACAAAGGAGGAGCAGCGGGCGUAUGCGUGUAUGACUUGGGCUCUCCCUAGCUGGUUCUCCUGGGGCAGGCAGGGAACACAGCCAGCUCAAAGAUCUCAGCCAUCCAGGAGGGGCAGCUCAGUGGCCACAUGGAUGUCGUGCGUGGUGGGCACUGUGGCGUGGGAAUGCGACCCUUGGAUUCCUGGCUCCCCUACUGUAAAUGUGCCUUAGCCCAAGUCUUCCAGCCUGCGACCACUCUGCCUUGUGCAGGCCAGGCCCAGCCAGCAAACCGUGCCCAGCUUGCCUAUCUUUUGGGCUAGGGGAGGCCUGCUUAUGUCAGGGGCCAGGAAGGAAACACGGCCACAGAGUUCUUGCCAAGAUGUCACUUUAUUCAACAGAAAGCACUCCUUCCCAGGAGCCGGCUGGGUGUGAAGACUGGUAAAAGAACUCCAGGAGGGAGAUCUGCAGGACAACAUCCCCCCCU